AUGAGACCCGACCCACACAAGCAAGCAGCCUCCAGGAGAUAUCAGAACAAGAUAAAGAGCCGAGGUGGCGCCGUUGCUGGAACCAAGGCUGACUCGACUGCAACUAGUGGUGGAGAUAGAGGCAGACGAGAAGGUGGUGGACAUGGACGUGGACAGGGACGUGGAGGUGGACGUGGAGGAUACAGAAAUGGAACGCGAGAUGAGGAGUCGGAAGAUGAGGAUAAUGUGAACGAAGCACCUAGGAAAAGCUACGCUAGACGCAAGAUCGUCAGCAAUGCUGAUCGAUAUGUUGAGCUAGAUGAAGAAGUUAAUGAAGCAGAGGAGCUUGAGCAAGGGAUCGAUCGACAAACGAUUGCAUUCCGAGAGAUGUUGAAAGACCCUGAUCAAAAAAAGACAUUCGACCCUACGGCGUAUUUUCGAUUCAAAUCAGAGAAAGAGGUCGAUUCUCAGGAUCAAAUGGAGGAGCCUCAGCAGGUGCGAAAACUGCUGGAGGUUCGUUUAAAUGAUAUUGAGCAGGCCCUCAUGACUUUAUCCAUCAAAGAGCGAUUAUAUUUGCAAGAUGCCUCUGCCGAAUCCGUAAGUUGA